AUGCAAUCUGUAACAGAGAAGGGACUUUCAACACACCUUCCCACACCUCCGAUCAUUGCUGCUCUCUUGAGAGGGGAAGGCGUGGCAGGGGUGAGGAACUGCCUGCUGGCGCGACAACUCUGUGAUGACGACAUUUCCUGCCGCUCCGUGCUAGAGAUCAUCCCGCGAGUGUGUGGUCCGGAGAGUGUGGCGUGUUCGACGGUGACAGUGAACAAGUGCCUGGCCGCCCUGCGCACCAUCCUGGGCUUCCCUUACUUCCAGCCCACCUGUCUGUGCCGCGAGCCUCACCUGGACCGGGAGUGCAAUGUCUUCAGGGAGUUCAUCUUUGACCAUCCGUGCAACUUCGUGGAGAACAGGAACGAGUCCCCUUACGCCGUGCAUGCUCUGCCUCUGUGUGAGUACGCCCUCACCACUUGCGAGAAGCUGCCGGGGUGCAUGAACCUGUACGAUGACUUCAGGAACGCUUGUAAGGUGAAGGAUGACCAAUGCAGGAUGACCGACACGAACAAGUGUCUCUCAGCCUGGACCAAACUCAAGAUGUCCCCGAUGUUUGGCUGUAUUUGUCCCAACGACCGACAGAAACGCAAGUGUGAGAAGAUUUUCAGGAGGGUGCAUAGGAAUCCCUGCGUGGAUGAGUUUCCUGCCUCCUCUGCACUCCCCUCUCCCGGCCAGGGGGUGUGGAGGCAAAUGCUGCCCCCACCCCCUACGCCUCGGCCACGCCUCCCUCCUCUCAUCCCUCCCCCUCCCCGCCCUUACCACUUCCCCCGCCCCCACACACCCUGGGCUGCCGUCCCCUUCCCCCCGCAUGUCACCUCUGUCACCGCUCGGCCCCAACCUGCAUAUUCGGCACAAACGCACAAUGUACUCACCGUAGAACGCCACACCACCACCACCUCCUCCUCGCGGACCGCCGGUAACUCUCAUGGGUCAUUUCCAGUCAGCGUUAUUCCCUCCGAUAACUCGAGCCGCCACGUCGUCGACACCCAAAUACAAAACCCCCUGAUGGAGACUGGCCAAGGAGGAGGGCGGCGACAGAACGCCUCCCGUGCCGCCAACGUGCUGGGUAAUGCUUACGGCCUUCAACCCACCGACCCGCACGCAAGUCACAAUCCGCUGCCUGUUAGCCGCGCCCCCGCCCUCCACUCCACGUGCCACACCGCCCUGCAGGCCUGUAACAAGGACAAAGCGUGCAGGCGCCUCCUCGACCCCGUGCUGGCCGUGUGCGACACCAAUCAGUGCGACAGGGAGGCCUGCAUGAACAACGUGCAGACUUUCUAUAGGAAUGUCGUUUUCAAGUGGGCUCUGGAGGUGGCCUUCUGCCUCUGCAAGAAGAGCAGCGCGGUGGUGGACCAGUGCAUGGUGGCUCAGGAGAAGCUUCACCCUUCCUGUGCUCGCAAGCCCGCCGGGUCUGCCCCGAUGUUGUGCAGCCGCCUCGCUGCAGCCUGCAAGGAAGACCCCACGUGCAGGCCGCGCUUGGAAUUCUAUGAGCAAGCCUGUGCGGUGGACAGCGACACUCAGCGUUGUGCUGGCUCCACUGCUGAGUGUCGCCGCGCAGUGCUCGGCAUAUUGGGCACGCAGCUUCGCAACCUCUGUACCUGCGCCGCGUCAGACCCCCGGGAGACCUUCACCUGCAUGGACUGGCAGCGCAUUCUUUGGUACAACCCUUGCGUCGUGGAGUCUCAGACGGACUACCAUCGCGAGAUGCUGUCUACUGUGGGCCCCGGAGUGGAGGUAGUCACCACGAGCAGCAUCUUCAUGCCCACCACGGUCACCAUGGACGGAAUCGAAGGGGCGGUGAAGGACAACGGCCACUUCUUUAAGCCCACCGUCACCAUCCGACAUUUUCCAGCCCCUCCUACUACAGCAACACCCAUCUUCCGGCCACGGCCCACCAAGGACUACCAGCAAUACAUCACGCCCUCAACGACAACCACCACCACCACCACCACCGUUGCCACCACCCUGCCGCCUAAGUACUGCGAGAAGCGACACGCCAACGAUGACACGAUAGACUUCAUCGAGGAAGGCUGGGGCAAGCGAUUCUACAAGGGCGAGGAGUGCUCCGAGCUCUGCCUCUGCCACGCCGAGGAGAAACUUGCCUGUAGCGUCCUGGACUGCGUGGAGGCGCGACCCUGCGAGACAGACUACGCUGUGUACACUCACGCUGCCCCCGCAUACCAAGCCGCCCGCGGGGAAUGUUUCUGCUACUCCGGUGCUUUCAUCUGCGUGAGGCCGCCCAAAGGAAGCUACGAUCUCCACUUCGGGGUGUUCCUGUUCCUGGGGUACAGCAAGGCGGAGGAGCAGCUUCUCAAACCCUAUACCAAGAUCUCCCUCGUGGACGCCGCCAUGGACAAGCUGGGGAACAUCGUCCAGGAGUCAGCUUCGAUAGUCAAUGGGCGUGACCGGAGAGUAACUGACCCGGACUUCAAACAGACCAAGUCCACGUGCCAGCUGGAGCGUCUGCUGCACGACAACGAGAACAUCAUCAUGCAGGCCACGCUGGAGGAGUACGACGACAUGAGGGACAACAUGUCCUUCGCAAUGCUGGAGAAAGAGAAGCUGGCCUGCGAAGAGAUCGUGACCGAGCUGAGCCAGAAGAUCAACUUCCACUCUCCGGAGGUCCGGGAGGACAUGGCCCUCUCGGUGUUUAUCCUGGCGGAGGUGCAAGUACACAUGCCUCCCAAACCGGAUUGCGCCUCCCUGAGCUGCUGCUCGCCUCCUCUCCUGCUGCUCCUCGCCGCUCUUGCAUCACUGCACCACACGCUGCUGGCAUCCUGAUACAAGUGGCUGCCUAUGCUUUCAGUUUAUUAGAGUUGCCUAGGUAGCAUUUUGUUACUAAGUUGUGCAUUUGUAAAGUGCAUGAUGAGGUCAGUUGCCCCAGGAGCGGGCGAAGGAAGCACCUUAUGGCCAGUGACUUCCACGGACCCUGUCAACCUUUGUACCAUUUUGUACCUCACCAAAUCGCCUCACCGGCCUCUGGCCAGUCUCCGUGCCCCGCCGCGUCCCUCAGGGCCUCCACACGGGCCCGCGGCGUAGGGGACAAACCCUUUACAGAACAUUUUUGCAACAUGAUUAGUUCAUCGACUGAUAUUUUUAAUGAUUUUACAAGUUUGACUUUUUUUUUAACAUUAAGAAAAAAAAAUGUGCAUAAGAACAUGUUUUUGGUUUGUUGGACACUCGGAUUCUACUGAAGUGGUUUACAUGGGAUGUGUUAGUGAAGGAGGAGGGAGUGUUGGUGGCGUGCUCACUGCCUUACUGUACCAUUCCCCGAGCCUCAGAGACCCGCGCUCUCGCGGCUCUCGAGCGCUCUUACCCGCGGUGGAUCAUUUUGUUUCGUUGGUCACUCUCCACUUACUCAUUUCCGCCAUCACCAGCGUGCAGGGGACCACACAACUCUUUCUGCCAGCUUGACUUUCAGUAAAUAACUCCAUCUCCUAAAUUAUUAAAACUCUGAAGUACGUUAAUGUGUAGUUCGAGUAUUGUCGAGUAAGUGUCAGAAGACACUGUGGAGGAGAAAGGUUGUGUGCCUCAACGGUUGGUUGAGCCGUCCAGCAGUGUGACCUUGGGAGCCGCUGGCGCCCUACACCCAGACUGACAGAACGACACACGAACACCGGCACACUAGCCACACUCACCUUACAUCCACUGCUUUAUAUUGGACUUUCACAAUAACAUGAACAAAUUGGUGUUAAAAUAAUACGGCUUUCCUUGUUCCGUUGAGAAAUGAGAGUGCUGAGCGGUGAUCUGCAGCACGCAUUGCCUUAUAAAUUUUGUAAAUGUUCCACUCACUCCUCCCUUGGAAGUGUACGACAACACUGUGUGACAGCGAGAAUCACCGUCACCUUCCCGGACCAGCAGUUCUCCCCACCCGCCGUCUUGUGUGUUGUUGUUUUCAAGUUUGCAGCAGUUUUCUGUUACUCUGCCGCAAACACUAUCUCGGUAUUUUCACUGAGUUUCAGAGUUGUUGUUUUUGUGUUUUAGCCGGCAACUAUUAUGUUGAUGGUAUAAUUAUAAGAUUUUUUUUUUAUAUUAUUAGAUAGGCUGUAUAAGCUUGUCGACAUAAAAGUGUAAACUGUAUGUUCAGCAAAAUGUUACACCGCCUCAGGCCAAGGUGGUGAGUGUAUGUCCGGCUUGUCCGCCACUCUCGUCUGGGAUGACUUGCAUUUCCAAAAUUGUAAACAGUCGUGGAUUUUUUUCGGGGAAUGUAACGUAACAAGUGUCCGUUAUCAGGACGCACACUUCCCAGAUCAUAAUUCUGAAGGCGCAUAUGGCGGUGCUCGCACGCGCCAAAUCCUGUCAGGUAGCAGCCGCGGGGCUGCGCCGUGCGCGGACGCUGCGACAAACUCACCACCCUGGCGGUGGCGGGUGUCUGCUCAUGUACAGAAGUUAACUAGUGUCCCUACGGUGGGUUUUGCUGGCAGUUUACCACUUACCGUCACCACAGUUUCAACUUUAUGAUUUUUGAGAUUAAGGUUGAUUUUUUUUACCUGCUCAUAGUUACCACUCUUCGUUUGCACGUGGUUCGAGGUUCUGCAGAGUCACGGCUAGUGCCUCACCGGCACUGCAGGACGCGGACUCAGCGGAAAUAUAUGUAAAGUGUUGAUAUCCGAUAUUUUCUGAACACAAGUGUUGGUCCUCCAGAAGCGGCAACACGUGAGGGGGGAGCCGCGCCCAGCCGUUUCGGCGCGGCGUGUCCGGCCAACGGGAUGCACCGCCCUCCGCCACGGUGGGCGGCGGCGCCCCGCGGCACGAGAGGGCACCUGCCUCUUUUAUUAUUUUGUAAAGUAAAUAUUCCUAAGUGAAGCAAACUGUUGUUGGAGCAGCACAAAAGUUUAUCAAGACAUAAAAAGAGGUAGCCUAAAUGUUCUGUAAAUAUUGUAGUAUAAAUAUAUAUAUUGUUAUGUACAUGGAAAUGUACAAUUUCACGUUGAAUAUUGUAUUACAAGAUACAGAGAUGUGUACUGUACUUCUCUAUUCAAAAGGUUUCACUGGAUUAGCCCGACACUCACUCGGCGAACAGACACCACGUAUCCCACACUCGUGACAGUAGUACCGACACAAGAGCCAGCCUGUCCACGGGCGGCUGUGCUGCUGCUGUUCCUACUUCAGGCAAGGUUGCUUGCCUACCUAGGACGUGCACCUACAACUCUCCACCUUAACACUCGCCCUGUGCCCCUCACAACUGUACAUAAUGGAGAACUCGGCCUCGUAGCGGCUCGGUCACGCGCAGCCUCGGGCACGGGAGCCUCGCCCCCACAGCCACUCGUGUGUAGAAAGGACACUUCAGCCCAAUGUUGUUGGAACGUAGAUGGGUUUGUUUUCAUAAUUCAUACUCUAGAAACACAACAAACUGCAUUGUUAAUGUCUGUCUGUAUCCGUUGUGAUGGGCGGGUAAGUUAGAGGACUCCUUCAGGUUACAGACACCGCCGCCCUGUGCCCGAGGGCGUCAGCAUCGUGAGGAUGUUCUUGGCCUUAUAGGAAAGGAGAUCCUAGAAUCUGAACCGAACCUACGUGAGGCCGAGUUUUCCCCCAGACUGGCACUGAACAACGGUACUUGCCAGUGUCUUUCCUGUUAUACAUUUUCCCCAUUUUUCCUUCCUUAAUUGUUUGUUUCUUGAUAUUGACUCUUACCAUUUUCUCCUCCUCCCACCGACUCUCGUCCUCGAGGUGUUUGGUGCACAUUCCUGCUGAAGAGUCCCGCGUCAGGUCCCGUGUAUCCUCGUGUUCCAUCAGUCAGGGUUUUGCUACGUGGUGAUCCAUGUAAUCGUUUCCUCUCGUUUCCCUCGCCCUUGAGGACUGCAUGUUUGUUUUAUAUUUAACGUUGACGUAAAACUGCGCUUAGGAAAAAGGACGUGAACAAAACAGCCAAAUUGUUGCUUAGUGUGACGGGCUGAACGUGACGCUCUCAAGAGGGCGAGGCAAUCCAGGCAGUUCCCGAAGGGUGGUGGCUGCCGAUCACUAUUCUGUUUAGCAUUCGAUCUUUCUUGAUAAUACUUUUCCUGUAUUUUGUACUGUGAGCUUUCUGUUUUUUGUGCUGUUAGUUACUAAACCCCAUUGUUAUUAUUGUUAUUAUCAUUAUCAUUAUUACUACUACUGUACUAUUAUUACCACUACUACUACUUCUUCUACUACUGCUACUACUACUACUACUACUACUACUACUACUACUACCACCACUACUACUACUAUGCUAUUAUUAUUACUAUUAUUUUUAUUGCUAUUAUUAUUAUUAUUAUUAUUAUUAUUAUUAUUAUUAUUAUUAUUAUCAUUAUUAUUAUUAAUAUUAUUACUGUUGUUGUUAUUAUUAUUAUAGCCACCAUUACUACUACUAUUUCAUCUUUAUAAUCGCUGUCAUUCGUUUUGGUGUAAUUUCUCACUGCGUCUGGGCACAGCUGUGGGAGACGCAAACCUCACAUCUCCCCAGCGAUUGAUGUUGAUCAGUAACAAGGAUUAGCGGCUCCCCAGGCUGCCCAGGCCACGCGGACUCUGGUGGUGGUCAGACUGGCGGCUCCUCACUCACGCCUCGCCGGGUUUGCACACUGAGAGAACUUGCAUGAAGACCGUACGUCACCUGGUUGGCCCCGGUUGGUCAGUCACACCGCACCGUCAUGAACACCUUGUGGUUAUCGCUGGAGAUUUUUUUAGCUUAUGCUUAAGUAAGACAGUAGUUAAAUAUGUGAACCAGUGCGUCUUGUAACGGUAGUCAGACAAAACCAGUUGUGUAGCUCUGUAACUAUGUGUUCUUCAAAGCGGUCGUUUUCCUUCAUUUAGAUGGUGGGGUAGAGGGUUGGGAGGUGUGUAUGCGCGUGAGUGUGCGAAGGGCUGUGCUGAGACGGGUGGGGUGUGACAGGUGCGUUAGAGAGCUGUGAGAGGUGUGCGGGACCUGCAGAAUGUGUGUGUGUGUGUGUAUGUGUGUGUGGUGUCUGAGUAGUACAAGAGAGACCACUGCAGAUGCAAGAGAAAAUGGAUGAUAUGGUAAGCCUCAAAGUGUAAGGAGAUUUGGUGUGUGUGUGUGUGUGUGUGUAUGUCACCGGUGCGCUUGUGAGGAGCAAUGAAAGAUACAGUUCAUGCAGAAAUGCCAAUUAUAAGCCAGUUUUUGAGCCAGUUUGUACUCGUGCGGGGAAGGGAACACUUAGCCCCUCCCAUCCCCACCUAACCACCAGAGUCCGCGCCAGGGCCAGGCUGGGACGAGAACAUUGUUAGAUUCUUAUUUUUGUAUCGAAGAAGGAAGGGAAAACAAACUUCUGUGGCUUCGUAACACUGUUGUCUUCAUCUCAUCUAAAUGAAGUAGAUGAGACUCUCUCUCUCUCUCUCUCUCUCUCUCUCUCUCUCUCUCUCUCUCUCUCUCUCUCUCUCUCUCUCUCUCUCUCUCUCGUUUCCCUGCGGCGGUGCGUGAUAUGGUAUCGUGGCCAGCCUGUGAUUUACUCUGCAUAUCUGUAAGUAAUAUACGUCGAGGAUUCCUCCGCGCUAUGUCUUGGUGUAGAGGAGGACGAGAGGACGCCAGCCGUAGGCGACACUGUUCUCCCUAAAAUGCUUUAUAUUUCCCAUUUCUUUUUUUUUUUAUUAUUGUUAUUAUUAUCAUGAUAUAAGCCUUUCUUUUUUUUUGAGUCAUUCAUUCAGCCAAACUUGAUUUAUUUCUAGAAGAGCAUUGUGAACUGUGUUGUAAAAAUGUCCCAUUGAUGGCAUGUUAAAAAUUAAAAGAAAUAAAUCCUAUCGUUUUGCUAUGAAA